AGUUCAGCUGUAACUUCCUGGGAGUGUGCUGUCCUAUGAGCCAUCAGACUUUACAGCUUUACAGUUUGUUGAUGCAUUGGUUUACUGGCUCUUAGGUUUAGUAAGUAGUCUUUCAGAGAAAGAAAGUCUUCUUUUAAGCAUUUUUAACUUUUAAACUAAUCUAUUCUUAAAAUUUCUCUUGGCUUAAUUGUCAAGUAGGUACUAUCAUAUGCUUUGUUAUUUUCUUAUUAAAAUGAUCUUAACAGUGUAGGCUUCUUAGUUCAAAAUGGGAGCCCUGCAAAGGGUUAACCAGCAGAGAAUUACAAAUGAACUAUCAGGAAAGUUGAUUAUUAAUCCAACAAGAGAGAAAAUAUCCUUCCAGUUAGCAAGAAUUAGUACCUGAAGAGCUGAUAAUAUUGUUCAGGCUGUCGGUGUGGAAUGGCAAAGCCAGAAGAAUGUCUUCCAAGCAGGCUACCUCUCCAUUUGCAUGUCCAGCUGAUGGAGAGGAAACAAUGACCCAGGACUUAGCAUCACGAGACAAGGAAGAGGGCAACAAUGAUCAGCAUGCGACCUCUCAUCUGCCUCUACAUAAUGUAAUGCACAACAAACCUCACUCUGAGGAGCUACCAACUCUGGUCACAACCAUCCAACAAGACCCUGAGUGGGAUGGAGUCAUCUCAGCCCAACACAGAAUGGAGUCAGAGAGUAAUAAAUUAUGUUCCUUGUAUUCCUUCCGAAAUACCUCUACCUCACCAAACAAGCCCGACGAAGGAGGUCGUGACCGCAGUGAGCUAAUGAGCAGUGUUAAUUUUGGAACACCAGAACGCCGCAAAGGAAGCCUUGCAGAUGUGGUAGACACACUGAAGCAAAAGAAGUUAGAAGAAAUGACCAGGACUGAGCAAGAGGAUUCAUCCUGCAUGGAAAAGCUACUUUCUAAAGACUGGAAGGAGAAGAUGGAAAAAUUAAACACAAGUGAUCUCCUUGGAGAAAUUAAAGGUACACCAGAAAGCCUGGCAGAAAAAGAGCGACAGCUCUCUACCAUGAUCACCCAGCUGAUCAGUUUACGGGAGCAGCUCCUGGCUGCCCAUGAUGAACAGAAAAAGCUGGCAGCCUCACAAAUUGAAAAACAACGGCAGCAAAUGGACCUUGCUCGCCAACAGCAAGAACAGAUCGCAAGACAACAGCAGCAACUUCUGCAACAGCAGCACAAAAUCAAUCUACUGCAGCAGCAAAUUCAGCAGGUUCAGGGUCACAUGCCUCCGCUCAUGAUCCCAAUUUUUCCACACGACCAGCGGACGCUGGCAGCGGCUGCUGCAGCCCAGCAGGGAUUCCUCUUCCCCCCAGGAAUAACUUACAAGCCAGGUGAUAACUACCCUGUGCAGUUCAUUCCAUCAACAAUGGCAGCUGCUGCUGCUUCUGGACUCAGCCCUUUACAGCUCCAGCAACUGUAUGCAGCUCAGCUGGCAAGCAUGCAAGUUUCUCCUGGAACCAAAAUGCCAUCUACUCCACAGCCACCAAAUACGACAGGGGCACUCUCACCCACUGGGAUAAAAAAUGAGAAGAGAGGGACCAGCCCGGUAACUCAAGUGAAGGAUGAAGCAGCCCAGCCACUGAAUCUGUCAGCCCGACCCAAAACAGCUGAACCUGUGAAAUCCCCAACAUCUCCAACACAGAACCUCUUCCCAGCCAAUAAAAGCAGUCCAGUGACAGUAACAAACAAGAGCGGCAUCCCCAGCCCCCUCGGUGGAUCUCUGGGAAGAGGAUCCUCUUUAGAUAUUCUUUCCAGUCUUAAUUCACCUGCCCUAUUUGGGGACCAGGACACAGUAAUGAAAGCCAUUCAGGAGGCUCGAAAAAUGAGAGAGCAGAUCCAAAGGGAGCAGCAGCAGCAGCAGCAGCCGCAUGGUGUUGAUGGAAAAUUGCCCUCCAUGAAUAACAUGGGUCUAAACAACUGCAGGAAUGAAAAGGAGAGAACAAGGUUUGAGAAUUUAGGCCCACAGUUAACAGGGAAACCCAAUGAAGAUGGAAAACUGGGCCCUGGUGUCAUCGAUCUUACAAGGCCGGAGGAUGCAGAAGGAAGUAAAGCAAUGAAUGGCUCUGCAGCUAAACUACAGCAGUAUUAUUGUUGGCCAACAGGAGGUGCCACUGUGGCUGAAGCUCGAGUCUACCGGGAUUCGCGGGGCCGAGCCAGCAGCGAACCACACAUCAAACGACCAAUGAAUGCUUUCAUGGUUUGGGCAAAGGAUGAGCGUCGAAAAAUUCUCCAAGCCUUCCCUGAUAUGCACAACUCCAACAUCAGCAAAAUCCUAGGAUCUCGCUGGAAGUCCAUGUCAAAUCAAGAGAAACAACCUUAUUAUGAAGAGCAGGCACGGCUAAGUAAAAUCCACCUAGAAAAGUAUCCUAAUUACAAAUACAAACCUCGACCAAAACGUACCUGCAUUGUUGAUGGAAAGAAACUGCGUAUUGGUGAAUACAAACAACUGAUGAGGUCUCGAAGACAGGAGAUGAGGCAGUUUUUUACCGUAGGACAACAGCCUCAAAUUCCAAUCACCACAGGAACGGGGGUUGUCUAUCCUGGUGCUAUAACCAUGGCGACUACCACACCAUCACCUCAGAUGACAUCAGAUUGCUCAAGCACCUCUGCCAGCCCUGAGCCCAGCAUCCCCGUCAUUCAGAGCACUUAUGGUAUGAAGACGGACAGCGGAAGCCUUGCUGGAAAUGAAAUGAUAAAUGGAGAGGAUGAAAUAGAAAUGUAUGAGGACUAUGAGGAUGAUCCCAAAUCAGACUAUAGUAGUGAAAACGAAGCCCAUGAGGCAGUCAGUGCCAACUGAGGAGUGUUCACAGAAUUCAAGUACUCAGACUCAUUUGGAUUUUUGGGGGGUUUUUUUGAACAAAAGUUCUUAAAGAGCCUGCAUGCAUGUGUGGCUCUUACAGUUACAUCAGCAGAAUGGUCUUAAAUGUUUCUUAAUGUGUGAGACAGAUUGUUUCCCUAAUUUUUCAUGAACUUGGGUUUUUUGUUGGUUUGGUUGUUGUUUUUUUUGUUUGUUUGUUGUUGGUUUUUUUUGUUGGGUUUUUUUUAAUUUAGAUGAAGACAUAUUAAAUAUCAGACAUCAGGACUUGAAAACUUAUACGAAUCAAUAGCUGUCUUACAAGUCUUACCUUUUGUCUUUUUCCUUUUGGAUGCUGAUAAAGGUUUAAGUUACUGUUUUAGAUGGGGGUUUUACAUUCUCACUCAGGUAUGCUGUGCCAGCCUACAGGUUGUGAAUGUGUUUUAUUCUGGAUUAUUUUAGAAAACAAAACCUGCAGAUUUCAUAUGGUGAAACAGAACAAGUCCACAAGUGUGCACAUCUGUGCAUCAUAGCUCGUCUUUAAAAAAUAGUCUCAGAAUUCCAUUUUUUUUUUUCAUUUGUAUAGCUGAACUUCUGAUGUGCCAAACUUUUCAUAACUUUGAAUCUUAACAUUAAAAAAAAAAAGUCUUAAAGGAGACACUGUAAAGUCUUAGACAAUCCUUUGGCAUCUUAAAAAAUUACAUAGAAAACCUAAUUUUUUCCAGAAUAUGGUAAAGUACUCAGGAAUCUGGAGACAGGAUAUUCUUAAGUAGUGAACAUGGUUGCCAUAGUGCAUGUGCCCAAUUGCUUUUGCCUCUUGAUGUGCCAUUAGUGUGAAAUUUUAAGUAAGCACAAAGGAGCGAUCACCAGCUAUGGACGGGCCUGUCUUAGCAGUGUGAGGCCACCUCUGAUUACAUUCUCUACCCCUUUGCUUUCAACCCUUGCAUUCAGUCUUAACACAUUUUCUCUUAAUUUAUUCAUUCCAGAAUGUCAAGGGUCCAAAUACUUAAUAUUUAUUUUUAAAAGUACUGUUGGUGGCGUUACACUUACAAUUCCUUAUUGAUAUUCUAAAGAGCCCCUUCUUUCUCCUCCCCUGAAUUACACAAGUAUAUGAAAAUAGAAGUGCACCUGCUACUAAAAUGAACAUGACUUUUAUGAAUGAGAAAUUCUGUUGUUCCUGUAACACUGUAUGUUCGAAGAGCACUUGGAAAUACUCUGCUAUAUGUAAUGCAAAAUAAAGUGAGUACUUUUAUAUGUACAUACAGGACAAAUAUUCCUAAAAAAGUGUGGUUAUAGUUAUAAACCUCUAUACUUAGACAGCAAAGGCAGAUUUAAAAUCCAACCUGCAUGUAGAGUCCACCAUGAUGAAUUUUUAGGGCCUGUAGAAUUCUGCAGUGAAACAUGGCUCUGUACAUUAUGUUCCUGUUGUCACCCGAAGGAACUGUUUGCUACUUGAAGUAUUUAUGCAGUGAUUUAUAUGUGAGACUCUUAUUGGGGGAGGGAAGGCCACACAAAUAUCUGACUUGCAAAGCUGGGAAAAUGGUGCAUCAAACAUAUUUAUUGAAUAUUAGGUGUGUGGGAAUGUGAGCCAAAUCCUGAUGAAUACUUGUCAAGUGCUUUAGGAUCUUUAGAAACUAAAUUCUUUAUUUGUGUUACUACUAGAAACAAUGCAAUUGUUGGAGAAAAUUCUGGGAAAUAUACAACAGAGAGAUAUUAGGAGAUUGCCAAUUUAUUAAAUUUAAGAGACAAAGAAGGAAUUGCCUUUAUUUUUUCCCCUCCGACUCCACUCCUGUUCACGAAUACAUCACUGCAUCUAUAUGCAGAUCCAACAGGCCUGAUGAAUACAUGUCCUGAAGUUCCUCAAUGUCCUCAGCUUUUGUUUUGAGUUGGAUAUGUUCAGCACAUUGCUGAUAGACUCAGGCUGAGAGGUAGGAGUGAGCCUAGAGCAGCUCCUCUUGAAGUCUGUGGAAAUCUUCCCACAGAGCUGAAUGGACUUUGCUUAGGACCCAGGCAACAAAAGAAGUAUAUAGUCUUAAUGCUGGCUAUCCUCAUGCUAUCAUCCUAUCUUAGAGAAAUUCAUGUGAGGUUUAAUGACAAGAUGCUGUGCCAGGAACAGUAAUUUUCCUGAUAGCCCCACUAAUACCUAUUUGAGCAGAGGUAGCCAUUGUUGCCACUGUAGGAAUCACAUUUAAAUGUGCAAAAACAGCCCCCAAGACAAAUAAAUUAUUCCACUUACAGGACAAUUUAUGAAGAUAAUGGCAUAGAAGCACAGUGGUAAAAUUUCUCUGACCAUUAUAUAAUUUGGAUCAAAAUGCUAUAUUUUUAAUAUUUAUUUAAAUGUGUUAGUCCAUGUCUAAUAAGCAAUAAACUGGUCUAGUCAAGACUUUAAAGGCAUAUGCUGUGUCAUUAGCUGGUGAGUGCCCUCUUUAAGCUGGCUAAGGUACUGAUUGAAAGUGGGUUUUGUUCUUAUAAUUGCUUUGGAAUUGGAACUGUUUUUAAUACAUUCAGCUCAGACUGGGGGGAGAAUACCAUUAUUUCCUAAAAAAAAUACUAUUUAUUAAUGUCUUACAUAAUUCUCCAGUUAGAAGUAUGUCUCCCUCCCCCCAUGUCACUUUCUCUCUUGCUCUCUUUUUUUCUGGUUUUGUUGCAUAGCUAGAAUGCUGUAUUGCUAGCAUUGUAUUUUAUGAAUUUUUUAAUUUUUUUUUUGCACAAAGGCAAACAUUUAGAUUAGUUUGUUAAUUUUUUUUAAUUUUAUGACCAUGCCAAAAUAAUAUUCUGCAGGCUUGUGGAGAACAAAGGACUGUUCUUUAGGACUGAAACUUGAUUUUGCUUGUAGUACAAAAACACACACUCACAGAUGUUGUUUCGUAAGUGUUAUAAGCACUGGAUAUAAAUGGUAUUUUUUAUCACUUCUGACUAAUGUGAAACUGUUGUACGACAACUACAUGAACAAAAGUCAUCUGUUUCGACUCGUGUGGGCCUGCCUCACAGUUGCCGGAUUUGAGUCAUUUUUAUGUCUUGUUAUUUCAUUUAUUUAUGCAAAAUACAUGUAUGUAUGAACACUUUGUUUUAGCUCCAGCCCUGCCUCAAUGCUGAUGCUCUGUAUGUUAAAGCCACAUUCUUGAAAAUGACUGGCUAUUCAGGAAUCACCAGCCGGUAAAAAAAUUGCAUUUAUUGGCUGGGGGAGUGGGAGGAACUUAUUUGAAUCUGAAUUGUGCAUAUGAGCAUUUUAUUCUAUUUAUUAGCCGACAUUGGCUCUAAAAUGUCAGUAGAAAUCAAGGAAGGACAAUCAUAAGGAUAAAACCCAACAUUUUUACUUUAUUAAUCGGAGCUCAAAACAAAGUUUUUGAUGAAUUUACCAUCUCAUUUUAGAAUUUUUUUAAAUUGUGUAAAUAUAACAUAGGAAAUAGAAUUUUAUUUUUUGUUCAUGGAUACUUAGUGAAGUAUAAGUUAUGUAUUUACUUUUGUUCUAUAUCAGUGUAUGUUGGUCCAUAUUAAAUGCUGACAAGUCACUGUACCUCAUGUAGAUGCUGAAUUUACACCCGCAGUGUGAGCGCAGUAUUGUGGACCUGUAGCUGGGACAGCAAGAUGCCUCACUUGUGCUCUCACUGAUUUUUAAUAGCAUAUUCCACAAAGACAGAAUACUUUGGUACCUUAAACAUACCAAAUUUCUGAUCCAUUUUAUAGGAAACACAGUCUUCUGAGUCCAAGUAAAAAUGAUGCGAUAUUUUACUUCUUUACAAGAAUGGCAUUUGGAAGUCAAAAGUACAUCCCUGGAAAGAUUAUCAUUACUAAGAUGGCCCUUGCAAUGCAUUCACGACUUAAGAAAAUCAAACCUUUCUUUUCUACAUUCACUAAAUCAUGUUAUUGUCAUAUUAGGCUACAAUACCAGGGGAAAUUGUCCCCACAAUACACAAGGAGGACUUGUGGAAUCCCUUGUUUAGCAUUGUCUUUGAGCUUCCCUUAUUAACUCUGACUGAAAAAAAAUAACAACUCAAUUCAGGUAAUGCACAGCUAUAGUAAUACUAUUUUCUCUGCAAACAGACAGUGUAUUUAAUUAACAGAUACAAUAUAUUUUCUUUUUGGAAGAUUAUAAAGUACUUAUUUUCAAGAGCAUAACACUCCCAAAACAGUGUGAUACCAGCUAGAAAAGUUCACUUCAUCUUUAAAAAAAAAAAAGGAAAAUAAAAGACUUAAUGGAAACAGAACUGUUUUCCAGGGUUCGGGUUUACAUGGAGAAAUGACUCUGAUGAAGUGGCCCAGUUCUGGUCUGCCUGUAUGUUUGGGCAUCACCAUUAAGCUUGCAAAACCUCCUGCUGAGAAUACAUGCAACGUGGUCCUAAGUCAGUGUACUCAGGUGCAGCAUGAGGCAGGGGAAGGGCAAAAGAUGGGAUUGCUCCAGGAUGAGAAUGCAAAACAAAGAACAGCAUUAGUCACAAUAAAUACAUCCCCUGUGCCAGGUGUACAGCAGUCAGCUGUGGGCAGUUCGUGCUUUGAGUACAAACACAACAACCUCCCAGUGCAAUCUAAAACAUAGUCCUCUCUCUGGGUUGCUUUCUGGUUUUAUUUUUUGGUCAUAUUGAAGACAUGGCAUUUCAAAAAUCAUUCCCUAGCAAAACAAACUACAAGGUGAACACCUUCAUCCUCCCCCAGCAAAACACUUAUCUACCUGCUUAAUAUUAAGCACGUUAGCACUUCCAUAGCGGUCAUGAGGACCAGUAAAGCGUUGGUGUUAAGCGGGGCAGAAUUUGCUGAGCCAGGGCCACAAUGCAAACAACUGCAGUGGAGAUGCAGCCAGUAGAAUGUAUGAUAAGAGUUCUUCAUGUUUUUAAGAAAAGUAAAUGAGUGGGCUUCGAGCCUUGGUGUUUUGCAUGCUUUUUUAAGAUUCAAGAUGGCACUUAAGCAUGUUCUUUUAAAAGAAUAAUACUAUAUGACCACAUUCGAUCUUUUACAAAACACUCUUUUUCCUUUUAAAAAAACACUUCUCCCAACCCUUUUUUAAAUUGUAACCCAUUAAUAUCUGUGAUUUUUCUCAGAUCAGUCUACAUUUUUGAUAUACUGUAAUGUCCGCUACAGAAGGAGAAAAAAUGUAUAUGCAAAUAUAUUUCAUUUUAAUCCAUCACCCUUUUUUAACCACCACAUUUGCUGGAAAUUGCAACAAAGAAGUAUUCUAAGAUUUCACACGCUGGGUAGAAAGGGGGGGUGGGGUGGGGUGAACUGGGCUAAAGGAAAACUUAUCAAAUUGGUAUUUAUGGCAAUAUGAAAGCUAUAAAGCAACUUAGUGACAUGGCUUGCUUUGUAAUUUCCGCUUUCUAAAAACCACAAGUGAGGUCCUUGGUGCUCUUGGAGUAUGGGGAAUGUGCAAAUAUUUAACUGUUUGUAUGCUGCACAUUGCAGACCUGCUAGUGUGCAUUCUCCGUUUGUCUUCCUUUGUCAUUUGUGUUUUGCUUUCUAGAAAGCAACGUGUUUUUUUUUUCUUGUACCCUUCUUCAGCUUGUAGCAAACUAGAAUGCUUAGCUUUUCUGUUCAUUCAUUAUUGUAUUUCCCAUGUAAAAAUUUUUUUAUUACAUUAAGACAAGCUUAUAAGCUGUUACUACAUAACUUAUCUUACUGUAACUCUUAUUUCCUGACAUUGUAAUUUGUUUGUGAUGUAUAUUGUGAGAUUGUACUCUAUGUUAAUUUAAUCAGCACAAUUCACUGACAUGCUGGACUGACAUGCUAGCUGCUGUUUCAAAUUGUAAAGUUUGUGUAGAGCUGUUGGGACAACUGAGACUCUCUUGUCAAGGUACUAUGCUUUGAUUCCUAUAGCAACACUGUGGGUGCAGCUUUUAACGGCGAGGGCUGCUCGUUGGACACCCACUGGCUAACUUAAUGGGCAGGUUUUCUUUGUAGAAAUUCUAUAUACGAUGCAGGUACCUACCUGGGCCCAGGGCCGGUAAUUAUUUGGGCGUUUAGAGGAAAAACUAGUGUCUAUUGCUGCUUUGAAUAUGUUUUAAAGUCUGAAAAUGUAAAUAGUUUAUCAAAAAAAAUCUUGUACAGUCCAGUGUAAAGUUUUUAAAUGAACUUAAAGGUUGCCAUCACAUCUCACACUCUCCUCUUGAUACAGUAAAAAAAAAAAAGAAAGAAAAAAGUUUGCUAAGGAGACUGAUUUAAAAAAAAAAAUCUGUUCUCAAUUUAAAAAAGAGAAUAAUUAUUCUUAGCUCUGCUUCAUUGCAUAAACAGACUUCUUGGAUUUUGAUGUGCAGUAUUGACGUGAGGUAAAUUAAAUAUUAAAUAACCUUUCAGUGGUACUUUUAAGAGUCUUCUCCUCCUCUGCCUCAGUUAUUAAUGGAAAAGACAAAAUUGAAAGAUGCUGUCCAUAUACAGUAUGUUCUGGUGUACAUUGGCACCUUACCUACAUGUUUUGGGUGGGGGGGAAUUUUUUUUAGGGUUUUUUUGGUUUGGUUUUGUUUUGGUUUUUUUUUGUUUUUUUUUUUUUUGCACAAGGUGCUUUCCUGAUAUGUUAAACAUGUCAUCCUUGGGUGAUACAGUAUAUGCCAUGAUAGGGGUUUAGACCCCUCAGGGGAGUGUCUAUAAGACUGCCUAUUUAUGCUCAUUUACCUCAAGACUGUCCUCUCUACCCUUAAUCUAUUCACCAUCACUCCAUCUUUUGUACUGCUGUUGACACUUACAAAUUAAAGAUAAAUUUUGUUUUAUGA